CUCUUCUCUCUCUCCCUUCCCCAAAACUGCUACUCCCCUUUUCUUCUUCCUUACAAGAGUCCAUCAAACCUUAUUCAGCACCCGAUUUGCUUCAAUUUCCGGAGGAAAUUGAAAAAAUGCGGAUGAGCUGCAAUGGGUGCCGCGUCCUCCGCAAGGGCUGCAGCGACAGCUGCAGCAUCCGCCCUUGCCUCCAAUGGAUCAAAUCCCCGGACUCCCAGGCCCACGCCACCGUCUUCCUCGCCAAAUUCUACGGCCGCGCGGGGCUCAUGAAUCUCAUCAACGCGGGGCCCGACCACCUCCGUCCUGCGAUCUUCAGAUCCUUGCUGUACGAGGCGUGCGGGCGGAUCGUCAACCCGAUCUACGGGUCGGUCGGGUUGUUGUGGUCCGGGAGCUGGCACCUCUGCCAGGCCGCCGUCGAGGCCGUGCUCAAAGGGGAUCCGAUCACCCCAAUCAACUCCGACGCCGCAGCCACGGGCCAGGGCCCGCCUUUCAAGGCCUACGACAUCCGCCACGUCUCCAAAGACGACAACCAGUCGGCCGCCGCGGCGAAUUCGAAAUCCAGCGACGGAGGGGUCGGGUCGGGUCUCGCCCGGGCCAAGCCCCGGUCCCGGGUCAGGCGGGUCGUCAGGCCCAAGCCCAACAAGCCGGCCGGGGUCGUCGUGGACCGCCCCGCCGGCGGUGGUGGUGGUGGCGGCUCGACGAGCCACGAGUCGUCGGUGAGCCACGGGUCGGAGGUGGCGGACGACAGCAAGGAGACGGAGAGCAUGGUGUCGGGGGAGACGGCGGAGCUUUUCGGGCCGGAGCCGGAGUCGGCCGCCGCCGCGGGAGUGAAGGAAGGUCCCGGCCCAGAUAACUGCGUGGGAGUUGGGCUUGGGCUUGGGCUGGGUCUGGAGCUGACGCUGGGGCUUGAGCCGAUUGUGAUGGCGGCGGCAGCAGCGGCAGCGGCAUCACGUGGCGGUCACGUGGUCCCGGUGAAGAAGCGGAGGGUGGAGGCGUGUGAUGAGGACACGUGUAAGAUGGAGCUGGGGCUCGAGUGUUCGGCUUGUUGAAAUCCCUAGCAGCAGCAAAAGUGUAAAAAGGAAGACUAGUAGGUGAACGAGAGACAAAAUAGUCCAGUUUUGGCGGCUCGGCUCGGCUCGGCUGAGUUCGGCUUCUCCUGUCCAGUAGCAGAGAGUUGGCAACUAGUUUUUUUUUUCUUUUCUUUAUCGGCUUGUAGUUUUUGUUAUCUGUAAUUUGUUUUCCUUUUGUUCUUUGUUCGUUCUUGGAGCGCUCCUGUCUUUCUUUUUUGGACCCUUUUUUAUGGUGAAGAAUGAAACAAAUGGAAGGUGUACAAAAGGGGAAAAGAAAGGACUUGUAAAUGAAAAAAGGGUUUCGAUAAAAGGGGAAAAUAAUAAUCAAUAGAGGCGGGAUCCCAUUUCUGCUCUAGCAAACCAUUUUUGUGCAAUUGCAUGUUUGUCC